AAGCAUCUCUGCCUCGCCUCUUCGUCUAACGCCCCAUCAAUAAAAAGAGAAGAUGACCAUCAACAUUGGAAACUUUGCCGACUUGGACGGAAUCGGUGACUAUUUGGUGGACAGCAACAAGCACUUGAUUGGAUUGGAGGAUAUCGAUCAGAGCAAAUUCGACGAUGACGAAGCCGCUGGAUCCAAUCUCUUGGUGCACGUGAGAGACGAUGGAGAAGCCGACAUGCCUUCCAUCAAGCACGGUCUGCCACUCUUGGUAGCUGUCUAUGUGACGGCUGUCUUUGUCGCAUUGGGGCUGGUCGCCAUGAUCUUUUACUGCUCUCGGAAUCAAGAGAGGACAAAGUCCAAAAAGGAAGCCGUCAAGAAGGAAGAGAAAUCACAAGCCUUUCGCUCCAGCAUUUCCUGUCGUCCGUGGUCCAACGAUGCCGAUGCUUGGGGUGACAAGACGGCCUUCAUGUCCGAAGCCGGUUCCGAGAAUGGCGGCUGCUCGACCGACGACAACUCGUCGACCGAUUGUGACGACAUGGAAGAAGCGGUGAUUGUGGAUCAUCGACGACACACGCACGAUUGUCUCACCAUGGACGGUCCUACUGACGACGACGAAACGGCAGCAUGUUGCCGACUCUGCAACGAGCCGUUUGAAUUUGGUCAACCCGUCUACGACAGUAACAAUCCUCAAUGUGGACAUCAAUUUCACAAGGUCUGCCUUGAUCGAUGGUUGGAUGUUCAAAACACUUGUCCCACCUGCAAUCAACCAUAUGUACUGCAUACUACCGUAUGA